AUGGCUGCUACGACCAACCUAUCUCAUGACGAUUACACGGUCGGAUGGGUAUGCGCCCUGCCGCUGGAGAUGGCGGCUGCAAAGGUGAUGUUGGACACAAUCCAUCCGAGCCUGCCGAGUCUAUCAAUCGAUCAAAACAACUAUAUCCUUGGCAAUAUCGGGGAACACAACAUCGUCCUUGCCUGCUUACCAGGUGGCGCAUAUGGUAUUGUAUCAGCUGCAACGGUAGCGAUGCAGUUACUCUCUAGCUUCCACUCUAUCCGAUUCGGUCUGAUGGUCGGUAUCGGUGGAGGUGUACCAAGCAGCAAGGCAGACAUUCGACUAGGCGAUAUUGUGGUGAGCCAACCAGCAGACACAUCCGGAGGCGUGAUUCAAUACGAUCUGGGGAAAGUGUUAAGUGACGGUCAAUUCCAGCGGACGGGGAUGCUGAACCGGCCGCCUAAGGUCCUGCUGACUGCCCUCGCUACACUCCAAGCCCACCACUUCACAGAAGAUAGUCGGGUUCUUGAAUUUAUCUCUGGAAUUCAAGCCAAAAUGCCUCUACGCAGAGCUGCAAAUUUUAUACGACCCACUCAAGAGGACUGUCUAUAUCAAUCAGAAUAUAACCAUGAAGGAUCUGAUACAUGUAUCGAUUGUGAUCGAUCUAAACUGGUUCCGCGGCUUCCACGAGAUUAUGAAGAACCAGUGAUACACUAUGGACUGAUUGCAUCCGCAAAUCAGGUAAUGAAAGAUGGCAGACGGCGAGACGAGUUAGCUAGAGACCUAAGGGUUCUUUGUGUCGAAAUGGAAGCUGCAGGGCUCAUGAAUGACUUUCCAUGUCUGGUUAUUCGGGGUAUCUGUGACUAUGCUGACUCACACAAGAAUAAGGAAUGGCAAGGAUAUGCAGCAGCUGUGGCAGCAGCCUAUACCAAAGAACUUGUCUUGCUGGUUCCGAUCGAUCAGAUCAAAACUACGCCAACUGCACGAGACACUCUAGCAGAUUCUGUCGACCGCUUCAAUGUUCCUCUAGAUCUUACCGCAGUGCCCGUGAUUGCAAAUUUCGUGGGACGGCAAGAUGAGCUAGACAAUCUGUGGCAGUUUUUACAACCGACAGAUUCACCAUCACGGAAAGUUGCAAUUCUUCACGGGCUUGGCGGUAUGGGAAAGACGCAGCUAGCGAUUCGCUUCGCGCGAGAUCAUAGAGAUAAAUUUACGGCGAUCUUCUGGCUAAGUGGCAAAGAUCGCGACACGCUCCUACGAUCAUUAAGCUCUGUCUUGAACCGAUUGCCUGGGCAGGGCUGGGAUAGCGAGACGACUAAUGACGAAGAAGUGGAGCAACGAGCCAGGCAUAUGUUACGGUGGCUAGCAUUGAAUGGCAACUCACGUUGGCUAAUCAUUUUUGAUAACAUCGAUCAAUAUUCCCCCUCUCACAGCGCUGUUGUUGAUGGAUAUGACAUUGAGGAAUUUUUCCCGAAGGCAGACCAUGGCUCCAUCCUGAUCACUUCUCGACGUCAAAGGCUUGCUGAGCUAGGGGAGCCUUUCCCAGUUCACAGGCUUGAUCCUCGUAACUCAGUCCAACUACUCCUGCAAAGUAGUGGUCUAUCAGCAAGGAACACCACUAGCAAACUUGACAGCAAUCUAGGUACCAUGGCGCUUGAUGAAGAGAUGUUAGAGAUCAUGCUAAUAUGUAUAGAUGUCCUUACUCUUGCCAAUCGUCUGGAUGGUCUACCUUUGGCCAUUGUUAUCGCCGGGGCGUUUAUGCGUGAAACUGGAACCAGCAUCACUGAGUACUUGGAGUUCUACCAAGAAUCUUGGACUGAGCUACAGCUGCAAUCUAAUCCUGGACGUCAGUACCAGCAAGGCAAUAUGCUGCAAACAUGGAUGAUCUCAUACCUUGAGAUCCAGAAGCGUGACCCAAGCGCAGCAGACCUUCUGUUGCUACUUGCUCUUUUUGAUAGUCGUGAUAUCUGGUACGAGUUAGUGAAGAGUGGCAGUCACAGCCUAAAUGUCCCGGGCUGGCUUGAAAAGGCUACAUCAGACGGACUCUCGUUUAAAACCCGUAUGAGGUCUCUCGUCGGAUUCUCUUUUCUACAGAGUAAGCAACAAGAAGGAAGCUACACGAUGCAUCCGGUGGUACAGGAUUGGUGCCAUUAUAUUGCCGACGAAAGCAAAGAUGUGAAUCGGAUACAGCUUAAUGAACUGGCACUGAUAUCUGUUGGAUACUCUGUGCCCAGUGCAAGUACCAGGGAUUAUUCAAAGCUUCAGCAACGGCUUAUUCCACACGCUAAUUAUGUAAGUCAAUUAGAUUAUUUAGAUGACAAUAUUGAGUUAUGGGGAGCAUUCCAUGGCUUAGGGGAUCUUUAUUGCGACCAGAGCAAACUAAAAGAGGCAGAAGAGAUGUACCAGCGAGCACUGGCAGGCCAGGAGACGGCCCUCGGUCCAGAUCAUACGUCGACUUUGAAUAUAGUCAACAAUCUUGGUCUUCUCUACAAAGAUCAAGGGAAGCUGAAAGAGGCAGAAGAGAUGUACCAGCGAGCACUGGCAGGCUAUGACAAGGCCCUCAGUCCAGAUUAUAUAUCGACUCUGAAUACAGUCAACAACCUUGGAAUUCUCUACAAAGAUCAAGGGAAGCUGAAAGAGGCAGAAGACAUGUACCAGCGAGCACUGGUAGGCUAUGAGAAGGCCCUCGGUCCAGAUCAUACGUCGACUCUGAAUACAGUUAAUAACCUUGGUCUUCUCUACUCCGACCAAGGGAAGCUGAAAGAGGCAGAAGAUAUGUACCAGCGAGCACUAGCAGGCCAGGAGAAGGCCCUUGGUCUAGAUCAUACGUCGACUCUGAAUAUAGUCAACAACCUUGGAAAUCUCUACUCCGACCAAGAGAAGCUGAAAGAGGCAGAAGAGAUAUACCAGCGAGCACUAGCCGGCUAUGAGACGGCCCUCGGUCCAGAUCAUACGUUGACUCUAAAUACAGUCAACAACCUUGGUCUUCUCUACAAAGAUCAAGGGAAGCUGAAAGAGGCAGAAGAGAUGUACCAGCGAGCACUGGCCGGCUUUGAGACGGCCCUCGGUCCAGAUCAUACGUCGACUCUAGAUUCAGUACACUAUCUUGGAAUUCUCUACAAAGAUCAAGGGAAGCUGAAAGAGGCAGAAGAGAUGUACCAGCGAGCACUGGCCGGCUUUGAGACGGCCCUCGGUCCAGAUCAUACGUCGACUCUAGAUUCAGUACACUAUCUUGGAAUUCUCUACAAAGAUCAAGGGAAGCUGAAAGAGGCAGAAGACAUGUACCAGCGAGCACUGGCAGGCCGGGAGACGGCCCUCGGUCCAGAUCAUACGUCGACUCUAGAUUCAGUACACUAUUUUGGAAUUCUCUACAAAGAUCAAGGGAAGCUGAAAGAGGCAGAAGAGAUGUACCAGCGAGCACUAGCCGGCUUUGAGACGGCCCUCGGUCCAGAUCAUACGUCGACUCUAGAUUCAGUACACUGUCUUGGUCUUCUCUACAAAGAUCAAGGGAAGCUGAAAGAGGCAGAAGAGAUGUACCAGCGAGCACUGGCCGGCUAUAAGACGGCCCUCGGUCCAGAUCAUAUGUCCACUCUGGAUACGGUCAAUAAUCUGGGCCUUCUCUACCAAAGUCAAGAUAAGCUGAAACAAGAAGAGGACAUGUACCAGGAAGAACUGCCAGACAGUCAGAAGGUCGCAAAUUCCAGUGCGAACAGAGCGCGACGGGCUAUAGAGAAAAUUAAAAGAUGGCGUAGACAAUAA